GUUAGAAUCACACCCUUUGUUUCCAUUAAUAUAAGCAUUGUUCUAAUUUUCUGUUCCCAUACUCUGAGAAAAAUGAGGAAUAAUGGAGGGUAUUCGGAGGGCAGUUCCGAUACAGAAAGCAUAGCAAGCGAAAGGGCAGCGUUUAGCGGACCAAUACUCGUUGGUGGGCGCAACAAAGGAUCUUCCAAGAAGAGUGCAAGGUUCAAUCUUCCACAUGAAAUCACCAUGGCUGAGACCAACUCUACUGGCAGCGUCGCUUCUUUUGAUUCCUCUUCUGGAAAUGAUGACUACGUCGAAAUCACCCUCGAUAUCCUCGACGACUCCGUCGCGGUUCACAGCGUUCAAGGUGCCGAUGGUUGCCACAAAGACCCUGAACUAUCGUUGCUAGCUAAGCGAACCCUGGAGAACAAGUCGGCUUCUUUUCGUUCCUAUUUGUUGAGGAACACGUCGGCUCGAAUCAAGCAAGUUUCUCAGGAGCUGAAGCGUGUAGUUUCGAGGAGACCUUCUAAUGCAGGGAGGAGAUUUGACAGGACUAAAUCUGCUGCAGCUCUAGCCUUGAAAGGACUCAAGUUCAUCACUACGAAAACAGGGGCCUCUGGGAAUGGAUGGUCCUCGGUGGAGAAGCGGUUCGAUGAUUUAACUGCCUCUACUGAUAGCCUUCUUCAUCGCUCUCGAUUCGCAGAUUGCAUUGGGAUGAAGCAGUCUAAAGAAUUUGCUGGUGAGCUGUUUCAAGCACUGGCUCGGAGACACAAUGUAACCGGUGACUACAUCCAUAAAAUACAACUCAAACAAUUCUGGGAUCAGAUUUCUGACGAAAGCUUUGAUUCUAGACUCCAAACAUUCUUCGACAUGGUGGACAAAGAUGCUGAUGGGAGGAUCACAGAAGAAGAAGUCAAGGAGAUUAUCAGCCUCAGUGCUUCUGCAAACAAACUCUCUAACAUUCAGAAACAAACUGAAGAGUAUGCCGCUUUGAUCAUGGAAGAAUUGGAUCCAGAUAAUGUUGGAUACAUCAUGAUCAAUAACCUGGAAAUGCUCCUAUUGCAAGCUCCGAACCAAUCCGUGAGGCUAAGCGAUAGCCGAAUUCUGAGUCAAAUGUUAAGCCAGAAACUGAAACCUACUCUAGAGAACAACCCUUUAAAAAGGUGGUACGACAAGAUCAAAUACUUUAUAAUGGAUAAUUGGCAAAGGGCCUGGGUUAUGAUGUUGUGGCUUGUCAUUGUGAGUGGCUUGUUCGCUUAUAAGUUCGUGCAGUACCGCAACAAGGCCGCUUUCGAUGUGAUGGGCUACUGUGUUUGCAUUGCUAAAGGAGGUGCAGAGACUCUUAAAUUCAACAUGGCUUUGAUUUUGCUACCAGCGUGCCGAAACACCAUCACUUGGCUUAGAAACAAGACUAAAUUAGGCGCUGUUGUUCCGUUCGAUGACAACUUGAAUUUCCACAAGGUUAUUGCCGUUGGAAUCACGAUCGGGCUGAUCCUACACGGAGGUGCUCAUUUAACGUGUGAUUUCCCACGUCUUCUUCAUGCCACCGAGGAAGAAUAUGAGCCUAUGGAACCUUACUUUGGGGAAGAGCAACCUCCAAACUAUUGGUGGUUUCUGAAGGGAGUUGAAGGUGUAACAGGUGUUAUAAUGGUGGUUCUAAUGGCCAUAGCUUUCACACUUGCCACUCCGUGGUUCAGGCGCAACAAGCUCAACCUUCCCAAGUUCCUUAAGAGGCUCACCGGAUUCAAUGCAUUUUGGUAUUCCCAUCACCUUUUUGUUAUUGUCUACACUCUCCUCAUUGUUCAUGGUAUUUACCUGUACCUCACCAAGAAAUGGUAUCAGAAAACGACAUGGAUGUAUCUAGCAGUACCAAUAACUCUGUAUGCUUGUGAAAGGUUGAUUCGAGCUUUCAGAUCAAGUAUCAAGGCAGUUAAAAUUCUCAAGGUUGCUGUGUAUCCCGGAAAUGUAUUGGCACUGCAUAUGUCAAAGCCCCAAGGAUUCAAAUACAAAAGCGGGCAAUACAUGUUUGUCAACUGCUCUGCAGUCUCGUCAUUUGAGUGGCAUCCAUUCUCCAUCACUUCAGCACCAGGAGAUGACUACCUUAGCGUUCACAUUCGAACUCUGGGUGACUGGACAAGGCAACUCAAAACUGUUUUCUCCGAGGUCUGUCAGCCUCCACCUGCUGGGAAGAGUGGAUUGCUUAGGGCAGAAGGAACCGAUACAAGCUUCCCCAAGAUUUUGAUCGACGGUCCAUACGGAGCUCCAGCACAAGAUUACAAGAAAUACGAUGUGGUGCUCCUAGUGGGGCUCGGAAUUGGUGCUACCCCAAUGAUCAGCAUUGUAAAGGACAUCAUCAACAACAUGAAAAUGGAAGAGGAUUCUGUUCCGGGGUCAGCCUUGGAGAAUGGGAACUACAACAAGAAGAAGAACAAGAACAACAAAGGGUUCAAUUUCAAGACAAGGAAAGCCUACUUCUAUUGGGUAACAAGGGAACAAGGGUCGUUCGAGUGGUUCAAAGGGAUAAUGAACGAAGUGGCAGAGAUGGACGAGAAGCAUGUGAUUGAGCUCCACAACUAUUGCACCAGCGUGUACGAGGAAGGAGACGCAAGAUCGGCUCUCAUAACGAUGCUUCAAUCAUUACACCAUGCGAAGAACGGUGUGGACGUCGUGUCAGGAACUCGGGUAAAAUCCCACUUUGCCAAGCCAAACUGGCGCCAAGUCUAUAAGAAGAUCGCCCUACAUCAUCCCGACGCAAGGAUUGGAGUUUUCUACUGUGGGGCACCCGCACUAACCCAAGAGCUAAGACAACUGGCUUCAGAUUUCUCUCACAAGACCUCCACAAAGUUCGAUUUUCAUAAAGAGAACUUCUAACCGAAGCUAGAGUCAUUUCCCCCCUCGAAGUUCAAUGAUUUAUAGAGUUUUUGUAUAUGGUGAAAAAUAUUUUUAUAUAGGUUUUAAUUUAAUAGGUUUAAGUGAAUAUAA